GAAUUAAAACGAUAUGCGCACACCCGAUGCGCAUAAUUUUGCCUUAUUCCUUGAGACCGUCUCUCGUAGUAGUGGGUUUCUCUAGAUAUUUGAGCAGACGGUUUUCUUAACGAGGUGUUCAGAAAAAGGGAAGACGGUAUGGAUGCUGGCUCCGUGUCCGAGGACAACACAGAAGCUGAGGCGAUGGAUACGACAACAGCAGACAGACAUGUACAAGAAGCAUCUCAAAGUGACAUUCCGGAGGUUUCCCUGUGUCCACCGGACACCCAUGAGUCGGAGUCCCAGAUGGUGCUGAUUGCAGGAGACGAAGACCAGCCCGGGGAUACCCUCAGCCUCUCUAAGCCCUCUCCUUCCAGCAAGCUCUACCAUCAGGUUUGCCCAGGCUGCUCAAGCCCCUCACUCCAGCUCCGAACAUGCCCCAGCAACUCCACGCAUCACCAACACCAGCACUCGGGCAAGACCAACGCCUGUCAGGAUGUGCACCCAGUCGCUGCCGUCUCGCUUCCAGACUGUUCCACGGGAGCCGGCACAGUGAAGACAGUGCACAGCUGUAGCCCCUCGCACACAGCGGCCACGGUGCGCUGCCAUUGGCUGCAAGGGUCACAUGACGGCAGCAACAUUAAGCCAGUUCAGCACCAUGUUGUGACCGUAAGGAAUAAUGGGCCCUUCAGGAUCCCCAGAAGCUAUACCCAGGUGAUUGUGGAGUACCCAAUGACAGUCCUUGUCAUGUGCUUGGUGGUUCUGCUGAGCUGUUCACUCGCUGGGCUGCUGAUGGGACCCCUUCCAGACUUCUCCGACCCGCUGGUGGGAUUUGAGCCUCGUGGAACUGACAUUGGAAUAAGACUCUCUGCCUGGACCAAGUUGCAGCAGAACACAGGCCCUGGAAAAUUACUGUCUCCCAUGCCGCGCAAACUCGCAGACAAGACAGCUGGGAGUCAUGGGAAAGGCCAUGAACCAGAUUCUGAUGGAUUCCAACUGCACUCCAAAUCACGUCUGAGGAGAAUGCUGGAGAGAGAUAAUGCUCAGCACAAAUUCUUCUGUGAAUCGCCUGGAGAGAAAUAUGCUAAACUGGUCUUCCGUUCUGGGGACUCUGCAAGUCUUUGGAGCCUGAAGGCAAUCUAUUCCAUGUGUGAGAUGGAACAGAUCUUGAUACGCUCACAGCCUCACUUCCAAGACAUCUGCAAAAGUGUCCGGAUAGAUGCUGAUGGCUCUGCUUCGAGGGGGGAGUGCUGUCCCAGCUGGUCCCUUGGGAACUACCUGGUCCUGCUCACCAACGCUUCUUCCUGCCUCACUCUGACUACCCAACAGGUCUCAGGCAGUCUGAGUCUGCUUCGACACUGUGCCCCCUACUACCACAACGGUCAUCUGGUCGCGUCGUGCACGGAGAGAGACAAACAUGGCCAUUGUGCGUCAGUACCGAGCAAGUGCAAGCACUCGAAUGCUGUCUUCCAGAUACUGCAUUUUCUGGUGGACAAAGACUUUCUUGGGCCACAGACUGUCGAAUACCAGGUGCCUUCCCUGAAGUACAGUCUUAUGUUUUUGCCCCUGGAGAAAGGGGACUCGUUGAUUGACAUUUAUUUAAGCCACUUGGAGGGAAUUGACUUAACAUACAACAAGACUACAAUAACAGGGAUGGAUUUGGGCAUCAAACAGACACUUUUCAAGUAUUAUCUAAUUCGGGACUCAAUCUAUCCAGUUCUGGCCGUGCUUGUGCUAUUUUUCACAAUGGCUCUUUAUACCAGAUCCCUCUUCCUGUCUGCGUUGUCACUGCUGGCGAUCACAAGCUCCCUUCUUACCUCUUAUUUCUUCUACAAAGUUGCUUUCAGAAUAGCCUUCUUCCCUUUUCUUAACUUGAGCGCGGUCUUGAUUGUAUUUGGCAGUUGUGCCAAUUACGCCUACAUCUUUUUUGACUUCUGGCUCCAGCAGCUGUCCCAUAAUCCACCCGCCUCCAUAGAGAAGAGAAUGAACCGUGUCCUCCAAGAAAUGGCGUGCCUGAUUUUGACGUCAGGCCUGACCUCCAGUGCCACGUUCUUCUCAGGCUACAUUAGUAGCAUCACAGCCAUCAGGUGCUUUGCUGUGUUCUUGGGCACCGCAUCACUAAUCAACACACUAUUUGCCCUGAUUUGGCUCCCCUGUGCACUAGUGUUGCAUGAGCGCUACACUGUCUCCGCAGCAACUGCUGCUUCAGGGCCAGGAUGGAAGCCAUGCUGCACAAAACGCCCUGGUGGAUUCUGGGACACCAGCUCAAGGAAACGCUGCCUCUUCACCAUGGGGCAGAAGCUGCGAGGAUUGAAACGUGGACUGGCAGACACAUCCAAUAUACUCUUUCUCAAGAUACUCCCAUGUGGAGUGGUCAAGUUUCGGUAUAUUUGGAUCUGCUGGUUUGCAGUGUUAGCGGCAGGGGGCACGUACAUAUCUUGUGCAGGCCCAGGUAUGAAGCUACCCAUCUCGGACAAUCAUGGAGUUCAGCUGUUUCGCUCUAGCCACCCUUUUGAGCGAUAUGACACAGAAUACCAACACCAGUUUAUGUUUGAGCGCAAAUGGAGGGGGGAAGACAAACCUUUAACAUUGACUCUUGUCUGGGGUGUUAUCCCAACUGAUACUGGGAAUCACUUUGACCCAAAAAGUGCCAGCAAAUUGAUCAUGGACACAGAGUUCAACAUGACCCACCCUGAGUCCCAGGUGUGGCUCAGAGACCUUUGUGGAAGAAUACAAAACCAGAGCUUCUACUUGCAAGCUUCCAAUGACUAUGAGGAGACAGAGGACAAUGUCUGUUUCGUGGAGCAGCUCAUUCACUGGGUGUCCAUCCGGCGCUGCUCCGAGAGUGAGGAUGCUUUUCAUUUCUGCUGCAAUGACAUUCCAUUCCCAUACCCGCCCAGUGUUUUCGAACAAUGCCUUGGGAUGAUGGUGGCAGAACAGCAUUCACAGGGAUAUCUCCCCAAGAGUAGUGGUGUACGCUUUGACACAGAGGGCCGUGUCACAGCACUCAUCAUUGUCAUGAAAACUUCAUACAUGUACAGUUACAAUUUCACGCGAACCACACAAGUCUACCAAGAAAUCCAGUCCUGGUUUGAGGAGGAAAUAUCAGGGGCCCCGCUGGGUUUACACAAAGGUUGGUUUGUAAGCCAGCUAACAUUAUACGACCUGCAAGAAUGUCUAAGCACAGAGACUUUAGAAGUGGCAGGGUUUUCCAUUGCCCUCACCUUAGCCAUGCUACUUUUGACGACAUGGAACAUCCCACUAAGUUUAUAUGGGACUGCAGCAGUGGGUGGCAGUGUCUUUGUCACUGUAGGCCUGCUGGUAUUGCUAGAAUGGCAGCUGACUGGCAUGGAGGCUUUGUUCCUCUCUGCCGCUGCUGGACUCUCAGUGGACUUUGUGGCCAAUUACUGUGUUUCAUACAGUUUGGCUCCGCAUGUAGAGAGACUUGGGAGAGUAGCCCACUCGCUGAAGAGGAUGGGUUGUCCAGUGGCAACCGGGGCUGGAGCCUUUUUUUGUGUGGGCGUAGUCAUGCUGCCAGCUACCGCCCUACUGUUCCGAAGAGUUGGGAUAUACCUACUCCUCGUUAAGUGCGUAGCGUGUGGCUUUGCAACUUUCUUUUUUCAGUCCUUGUGCUGUUUCUUUGGUCCACAGAAGAACUGCGGACGGCUAUAUUUGCCAUGCACGACUGAGAAGAUGACCGACAACAUAAUGUCCACCUGCACCACAACUGACACUGCCUCAACCAACACUGCAGUCAAUGGGGCGUUUGGGUGUAGCACAGGACCAAGAGUCCGGAAGAAUUUCAACCAGGAGGGAGCUGGAGGAGGGAGUUUCUUGUGCCCAAACCAGCAACACCAUAGACCAAGAGCCUCUGGGAGCGUCAGGGACCCUGAGCAGUAUGAGCUUCAACCCCUCGCUUGCCAGCUGAGCGACAGCUUUGAGAACAGCACCUGCACCAGCAAGCUGUCCAACAGACCCUCUAUACUCUCUGACGACAUUCAGUUCUGUGGCUUGAGUCCGAGGAGGGAGUAUGACAGGGUGAGCUUGGAGGCCGACAGUGAAGAGACAGGCAGUGGGAACCUCAAGGGCUGCAACCCUCCUCCAGCUCUUCAGACCUCUUCCCCUUACAAGAACACCCUGCGUCCCACAGGCGACCUGGCCAAGGAAAGACUGUGGUGCAAAAAGUGCAGAGGUGAAGGUGGCGGAAUCAAGAUAUGGAACGCGUCCAUAUCAUCCUCACCCUCUUCCAGUAUGGAAGACAUUGCUGUCUGCCAGACCACAGAGAGCAAGAGAGCUCAGAGGUUGCUCUCGGUCGAUGACGACGCCUGCAGUGUUACGGAAAAGGAUCAACAUAAGCGUUUGCUUUCUUCUCAGUCGCACAGCUCACUCGAGGGAAUGGAGGAUUCCAACGAGACUUGCCUGAGUGACAUCGAGCCUGGUGCUUCACUCCCACAAGUGACCUCAGAGUUGCAACCGGACACAGAGUUGCAACCGGGCCACCUGAAUGGGAAGAGGGACACCCUACGACUUUCUCUUAAGGAAAAUGUUUAUGAUACACCUUCCCACGGAGGUGGUCGGGGAAGGACCAGCCAGAGUGAACUGACAGUUAUUUUGCCAAACAGUCAGCCUGAUAUGCCAGACGUAUGGAUUAAGAGAGGAGAAGACAAAAGCUAAUGAAAGCCAAUCCAACUUUUUCGCCAAUCCAACUUUAAGCAUGAUCACAACUACUCUCUAAAUAUUCUCAGCAAAAAUCUCACGUGCAAAUCUCACCUUGGAUAUCUAGGCGACUUCUUGACAUAAAUCUGUAGAUGUAAAGAAGAGCACUGUACACAUACUUCAUAAAUUGAUGGUGUCAGAUAUAGACUGUUACAUACCAUGACGACCAAGCCAGCCAGUUAACUGGCAAAACAGAUAUCUUGUGAUGAAAUCAGCAUGAACUUGAACGUCUCUCUUGCCCAGUAGAAAACUACAAUGUGUGAGCACUACUGAAUGGAUCUUUUCAAGGACUACCAAGUGCUUGACAUGCUGUGACUUCAAAAAUGAGCAUGUUGCCCAAGCCUUGUACUGCAUUUUAACAGACACCUUUACACCUUUGUAAAGAUAUCACAGACAUAUUUUAUCUCACUGGAAUGCCAUCUUUAUGAAUGUGAAUUUGGACACUCAAGACUUUUGCUAGUUCCAAGGAUCACAUAGGCCUUUUCACUCAAAGGUUUUAUAAGGUGCACAGAAUGAGGAAACAAUACAGGUUUAAAGAAUAUAUGUGAAAGUUAUUGUUUAGAGUUUAUGUGCCAUGGAUAUAUGAAAUGUUUUAUUUAAAAUGUGAAUAUCUAUGUUAAAUUGUAAUAGCGUAUUUUUGUCAUGUGAAUGGUUAAAGUAAGAGAGAGUAUUAUUACAGAAAUUGUUUCACAAGAAAUCUGGUUUCAACUAACUUGUGAACAGGCAUUUAAUUGUAUGAAACCUUUUAAGCCAUAGAAGAGACAAUGCAAAGGAUUCCCAAUGUUUGUAUGGUGUAUUUAAUAUGGGGUAAAGUGUUCAACCAGCAAGUUUAAGCAUGUGCCAAAUGAUUCAGAUGUGUUGAUAGCGACCAUGUAACCCUGUCAGUUAGUCCUGGCGUACUAAUGUGUGUUCUAUUAAUGCAAGUGUUGAGGACAAUUGUAUCCAUCAAAUUCUUUUACAAAAAACACAAAGAUGUCUGUAUAAGUGUGCUGUGCUAUAUUGUAGGCUUGAUGAAAUUCUUUUACGAAACAUGUAUUGUCCAUCAGGUGUUUGAUGUUCUCAAGGCUUGAGCCCAUGUUGAAUUAUUUCUUAUGAUUCAUUAUCUCACUGUAUACAAAAUUGAUAUUCACACACUAUGCAAACUGAGUUUCAGUUUUACAGUCCAGUCUACUAAAGUCUACAAGGACAUUUACAGCAUUUUGUCUUGCUAAAUGUUAUAACGUAUAUCUGAGCCGACUAUGAUUUCAGUGUGAUUAAGAAAAAAAUAUUAGCGUAUGUUAAUGAUGCCAUUAUUUACCUUUCCAAGUGCCAAGUUUAUUGUUUGUCAAGUGUGGCAACCAAAGGUCUUGUUUGUUUUAUUCUGUAAAUUUAUCUUACAGUUUAUUAUUGACAAUGCUGAGAACAGCAGCCCUUGAAUUCAUGAAAAGAUUUCACCUGCCUUAGAAGUAAUGAACUUUACAUCAUGUUGCAGGAGAACUAGUCUGUGGAAAAACGGUAUUUUCAGACUUGAAGUUGUACAGGUUACAACUGUGGAAGAUACUUGAUUAAAACACUAAUUUCAAUAACGUUUCAUAUUUCUUCUUGAAAUUGUUUUAGUUAACUAGGCUUCUUCACCUGUUUUCUCCCUUAGUGACCAAGCCUGGAAAUACCCAUACGAACCUUUGGCAAAUUUGGGAUUUGCCCUGCAAGUCCGUCUGACUAAGAGGGCAUUGAAGCCCAUUUCCAAGGUCCCUAACCACGAGCACGCAAAUACAAUAGCAAAUCCGGCAUGGACGUAGAAUUGUAUACAACUGCAUUUAAAACCUCCGUUUACAAGAUUGCUGCACUUCUGAACUGAUUUGGUAAAAAUGUAAUGCACCAAUUUAAAUGCAAUUUCACUGCUAGUUACGCCCCUGCUGGAAGUCGUUAAGUCAAUGAACUUUGUCCAGUUCCCACUCUCAAUUUCAACUGAGAAG